CAUCGGGGAUAAUCUUUUAAAUAUCGAAAUCUCGGCGAAAUUCUUCUUGUAAGUUUUUAGGGCAUCUCUGAGGAAUUAUGACUGAAGUGCAUAAUUUUGGGCUCGAUAUCAUCACUUGUCAUGCGUGGAACAAGGACAGGACUGAAGUGGCGGUUUGUCCAAAUAGCAAUCAGGUUCAUGUGUACAAACGCUCGAGUACGGGAUGGAAACAAACAGAGGUGCUUGAGGCUCAUGAUAUGAAUGUUAUGUGCCUAGACUGGGCACCAAAAACCAACAGGAUUGUUACUUGUGGAGCUGAUAAAAAUGCUUACGUCUGGAAUCAGGAUGAGAAAGGAAAGUGGAUACCUGCCUGGGUCGUUCUGAGGAUGACAAGGGCUGCUGUUUGUGUCAAAUGGUCACCACUAGAGAACAAAUUUGCUGUGGGCUCGGGCGACAGAAUGAUAUCAGUCAGUUACUUCGUGUCAGAGAACAACUGGUGGCUGUCCAAGCACAUUAAACGACCGAUAAGGUCCACUGUAACGGCCAUAGAUUGGCAUCCUGAUAAUAAAGUUUUAGUAUCAGGUUCCUCCGACUACAAAGUCCGGGUUUUUGGUGCUUAUGUUAAAGAUAUGGAAGAUGCACCGGGCAUUGGACCCUGGGGGGCCAAGUCUACUCUGGGCACUUUGUUGGCUGAAUUUCCAAAUUCUACUAAUGGAGUACUCUUAAAUUUUCCUUUUCCAGGCGGUUGGGUUCACGCUGUUGCAUUCAGCCCAUGUGGAAAUAAAAUCUGCUGGGUUGCUCACAAUUCCUCGAUUUGCGUCGCCGAUGCAACCAAAGGAAACGCCGUUAUGAGACUUUAUACUGAGCAUUUACCAUUCUUAAGUUGUGUCUGGGUUGGGCCCAAUUCUAUAGUUGCUGCUGGUCAUAGUUGCAUGCCAAUGCUGUACUCACUAGACGCAAAUGGCCAAUUACACUUCGUAUCGAAGCUGGAUAAUUCACAAAAGAAGGAAGCGGCUGGAAUAUCUGCGAUGAGAAAAUUCCAGUCGUUGGAUCGUCAAGCGAGAACUGAAAAUAAUGAUAGGGCACUCGAUAGUAUUCAUCAGAAUACAAUUAAUUGCGUGAGAAGAGUCUCUAAUAAUGAGUUCAGCACCAGUGGACUCGACGGCCAACUCGUUGUUUGGGAUUUGAAGUCACUAGAGAAUUCCAUGAGUGGUCUUAAAAUCGUGUAACCUCGUUGAUUCUUUUUUAAAUAUCAUGGAAAUGAAAGAUACAUCGACACGAUAAUGUAAAAAUGAAACAGGAGAAGGCACAUGUUGAAGAAAUAAAGAAAAUAAAAUAACUGAUGGAAAUCA